UUGGCCAAAUCCAGUUCCAAUUUGAAUGAUAUUGUCUACAGCGGUCGUCCAAGGAACGAAGAGCCCCAUGUGAAGAAGACCACCAAGAAGAAGUCAGAAAAGAUCGAGUACAUUGUCAGAGUGGACCUGGAUGAGCUUAAGAUUGAUGAUGAAGAAUUUGAUGACCUUCAAAGCCUUUACCAGUUGUUUGACCUUGACAAAGACGGAAUUCUGAAUUUCAAAGAGUAUGAAAAGCUCCUCAGAUGUCUGGGAUAUCGAUUGGGAGAGGAGCAAGCUCGUCUUUUGGCCACCUCCGUGUCCGUGGAUAAAAGCCAUUACAGUGUCUCAUUCAACGAGUUUCUCAAAUUGAUAUCCAUGCAACAAGCCUCGGAACCCGAUGAAGAGACCCUGGUGGAAAUGUUUGCAUCGUUCGAUAAAGAGGAUGUGGGCAUGAUCCCUGAGACGCUAAUCAAGCAACUCAUGGGCUCCAAAGAUGACAUCAAUGAGGAGGAUAUUCAUGAAAUGCUUGAAGAAUACUUUAGACUUGCUCAAAUCAAAGGCAUCAAGACUGGCCGUCCGGAUGGUAUACCUCAGAAAGCGCCAGAAACCCCGCCCCCCGGAGCGGGCUCUAAAACCCGUCGUUCCUCGAAGGCACCCAGUCGGAAGAGUGUGCUUAGUGGCGGGGAAGAUACCAGCCAAUUGAGCAUUUCCAAAGGCGAAGAGAGGUGGAUCGACUACAGAG